AUGUUUCACAGAGUUCUUAUUAGAGAAGACGACCGACACGCCCAGAGACUUCUGUGGAACGACGACAUAUAUGUCAUGAAUGUUAUGACCUUUGGAGCAGUCUGCUCACCAUCAUCAGCACAAUAUGUCAAAAAUAUUAAUGCCCGCAGAUAUGAGACGACCUGUCCUGAGGCUGUAAAGGCAAUUGUUGACCAUCACUAUGUCGACGACUACAUUCACUCCUUUGACGACGAGGACGAUUUAAUACGAGUGGUGGAUGACGUUAUACGUAUACAUGCCUCUGGUGGUUUCAACUUAAGAAACUUUGUUUCGAAUUCUCAAAGACUUUUACAGCACUUACCUGUAGACAAGCUUGCUCCGAGUAGCCUGAAGAUUCUCUCCGACUCCAAGGAUGACCAGGUCGAGCGCGUACUUGGAGUACGCUGGAACCAAGAGACUGAUGAGUUUGUCUUUGAACUCAAGUUUCCAAAGGUAAGUGAGGAUAUUAAAACCGGGCUAAAGAAACCAACCAAGCGUGACGUGUUGAGAUUGACAAUGUCCAUCUUUGAUCCAUUGGGUUUCCUCCUGUACGUCACAGUAAGGGGUCGAAUACUCCUACAAGAUGUGUGGAAAUCUAAAAUCGGAUGGGACGACGAAAUCGAAUCGAGUCACUUCGAGAAGUGGCAAUUAUGGUUGACGGAACUUCAAAAGAUCAGUACGUUUAGACUUCCGCGUUGGUUCUUUACUGACAUGUGUGACAAACAAGUUACAGAACUACAUGUAUUCUGCGAUGCAAGUAGUAAGGCAUACGCAAGCGUUGCUUACCUUCGUAUCAAGACGGUAGACGGAAGCUGUCACGUAUCCUUCAUCAUGGCACGUGCUCACGUCGCCCCGCUGAAGGUGAUGAGUAUACCCCGACUCGAGCUGCAAGCUGCACUCAUGGGCGCUAGGCUAGCUCAGACCUUGAAGAAACACUUUGACACAAGCCCUUUCGUCGCUCAUCGUGUCAGUGAGAUCUCCGAGAUAACCGACGUCAAUCACUGGAGGUGGGUACCAUCAGGACUGAACGCUGCAGAUGACGCUACAAGAGACACGACGAUUGAGGACAACGUGAGGUGGCUACAUGGACCACAGUUUCUUCGUAUAUCUAAGCAGUUCUGGCCAUUAGAAGAUAACGACGUAGCUGUGGAUCAUACAGACAUUGAAGUAAAAACUCUCUGCGUCUUAACAGUUGUACCUUUCGAGCUACCUGAUAUCAGCCGCUUUUCUAAAUUCUGGAGGCUAAUAAGAAGUACUGCCUGGUUUUUUCGAGCUGUAUACAACUGGUCCCACAAAGACAAUAGAAAGAAGGGUGAAUUAAUAGUAGACGAAAUUAAAAUAGCAGAAAAGUCGUGGAUUAAAGAAAGCCAGGGAAACUUAUUCCAUAAUGAAAUAAGUUGUUUGAAGAAGUCUGGACAGAUUGACAAAGACAGUUGCUUGCGACAGCUGACACCUUUUUUAGACAAAGACGACAUUCUUCGCACAAUUAUACUCGUCUGCUAA